AUGCAGGUCGAUUUCUCUAAGAACAUUGUGACGGAUGAGACCAUGGGACUUCUUUUUGACGUAGCCAAGCAAGCCAAGGUGGAGACUAUGCGCGACAAAAUGUUCAACGGAGAGAAAAUCAACAUCACCGAGGACAGAGCCGUGCUGCACGUGGCGCUGCGUAACCGCUCCAACACACCCAUCAAAUGCGACGGCAAGGAUGUCAUGCCCGAAGUAAACGCGGUACUGGACCACAUGAAGGAGUUCACUGAGGAGGUGCGCAAUGGCAAGUGGAAGGGGUACACCGGAAAGGCUAUCACGGACAUUGUCAACAUUGGUAUCGGUGGUUCUGAUCUGGGGCCCGUGAUGGUGUGCGAGGCUCUGAAGCCGUACGCCAAGCGUGACCUCAACAUGCACUUCGUGUCCAACGUCGAUGGCACGCACAUUGCUGAGACCCUGAAGAAAGUAAACGCCGAGACCGUCCUGUUCCUGGUAGCUUCCAAGACCUUCACCACUCAGGAGACCAUGACCAAUGCGCAGUCUGCCAAAGAGUGGUUCCUCGGACAGGUGGGUGGCAACGUGGAGCACGUGGCCAAGCACUUUGCCGCUCUCUCCACCAACGCCAAGGAUGUAGAGGCCUUCGGCAUUAACCCUAAGAACAUGUUUGGCUUCUGGGAUUGGGUUGGGGGACGCUACUCGCUGUGGUCUGCCAUUGGUACGCCCAUUGCGCUGUCGAUCGGCUUUGACAACUUUGUCGAGCUCCUGGCGGGUGCCCACGAGAUGGACAACCACUUCAAGACCGCGCCGCUGGAGAAGAACAUCCCCGUGAUCCAGGCUCUCAUUGGUAUCUGGUACAACAACUUCUUCGGCGCCGAGACGUAUGCCAUCCUGCCGUACGACCAAUACAUGCACCGAUUCGCAGCCUACUUCCAGCAGGGCGAUAUGGAGUCCAACGGCAAAUUCGUAUCGCGGGAUGGCAAUGAGGUCGACUAUUCCACCGGCCCCAUUGCCUGGGGCGAGCCCGGUACUAACGGACAGCACGCUUUCUACCAGUUGAUUCAUCAGGGUACUAAGCUGGUCCCGGCCGACUUCCUGAUCCCCAUCAAGACACACAACCCGGUCCAGAAUGGCCUGCACCACGAUAUAUUGGCUUCGAACUUCUUUGCGCAGCCCGAGGCUUUGCAGAACGGCAAGUCCGAGGCCCAGGCCAAGGCCGAGCUCGAGAAGAGUGGUAUGGAUGCCGAUACAAUCAAGACCAUCUUGCCCCACAAGGUGUUCAAGGGUAAUAAGCCGACCAAUUCCAUCAUGUUCGACAAGCUGACCCCGCGCGUGCUGGGUUCAUUGGUGGCAAUGUACGAGCACAAGUUCCACGUACAGGGUAUGAUCUGGAAUAUCAACUCGUAUGAUCAGUGGGGCGUGGAGCUGGGAAAAGCUCUGGCGAAGGCCAUUCUGCCGGAGUUGGAUGGCCAGGACGAGGUCACAUCGCACGACAGCUCUACCAACGGACUUAUCAACCACUACAAGAAAUCAAAAUAA